AUGGACUCGGACGAGGGCUACAACUACGAGUUCGACGAGGACGAAGAGUGCAGCGAGGAGGACAGCGGCGCCGAGGAGGAGGAAGACGAGGACGAGGAUGAGCCGGACGAUGAUAACCUGGAUCUGGGCGAGGUGGAGCUGGUGGAGCCCGGGCUGGGCGUCGGCGGGGAGCGGGACGGACUGCUGUGCGGGGAGACGGGCGGCGGCGGCGGCAGCGCUCUGGGGCCCGGCGGCGGCGGUGGCGGCGGUGGCGGCGGCGGCGGGCCAGGGCACGAGCAGGAGGAGGAUUACCGCUACGAGGUGCUCACGGCCGAGCAGAUUCUGCAACACAUGGUGGAAUGUAUCCGGGAGGUCAACGAGGUCAUCCAGAAUCCAGCAACUAUCACAAGAAUACUCCUUAGCCACUUCAAUUGGGAUAAAGAGAAGCUAAUGGAAAGGUACUUUGAUGGAAACCUGGAGAAGCUCUUUGCUGAGUGUCAUGUAAUUAAUCCAAGUAAAAAGUCUCGAACACGCCAGAUGAAUACAAGGUCAUCAGCACAGGAUAUGCCUUGUCAGAUCUGCUACUUGAACUACCCUAACUCGUAUUUCACUGGCCUUGAAUGUGGACAUAAGUUUUGUAUGCAGUGCUGGAGCGAAUAUUUAACUACCAAAAUAAUGGAGGAAGGCAUGGGACAGACUAUUUCGUGCCCUGCUCAUGGUUGUGAUAUCUUAGUGGAUGACAACACAGUUAUGCGCCUGAUCACAGAUUCGAAAGUUAAAUUAAAGUAUCAACAUUUAAUAACAAAUAGCUUUGUAGAGUGCAAUCGACUGUUGAAGUGGUGUCCUGCCCCAGAUUGCCACCAUGUUGUUAAAGUCCAAUAUCCUGAUGCUAAACCUGUUCGCUGCAAAUGUGGGCGCCAGUUUUGCUUUAACUGUGGAGAAAAUUGGCACGAUCCUGUUAAAUGUAAGUGGUUAAAGAAAUGGAUUAAAAAGUGUGAUGAUGACAGUGAGACCUCUAACUGGAUUGCAGCCAACACAAAGGAAUGUCCCAAAUGCCAUGUCACAAUUGAAAAGGAUGGCGGUUGUAAUCACAUGGUGUGUCGUAACCAGAACUGUAAAGCAGAGUUUUGCUGGGUGUGUCUUGGCCCUUGGGAACCACAUGGAUCUGCCUGGUACAACUGUAACCGCUAUAAUGAAGAUGAUGCAAAGGCAGCAAGAGACGCACAGGAGCGAUCUAGGGCAGCCCUGCAGAGGUACCUGUUCUACUGUAAUCGCUAUAUGAACCACAUGCAGAGUCUACGCUUUGAGCACAAACUAUAUGCUCAGGUGAAGCAGAAAAUGGAGGAGAUGCAACAGCACAACAUGUCCUGGAUUGAGGUGCAGUUCCUGAAGAAGGCAGUUGAUGUCCUCUGCCAGUGUCGUGCCACACUCAUGUACACUUAUGUCUUCGCUUUCUACCUCAAAAAGAAUAACCAGUCCAUUAUCUUUGAGAAUAACCAAGCAGAUCUAGAGAAUGCCACAGAGGUGCUUUCGGGCUACCUCGAAAGAGAUAUUUCCCAAGAUUCUCUGCAGGAUAUAAAGCAGAAAGUACAAGAUAAGUACAGAUACUGUGAGAGUCGACGAAGGGUUUUGUUACAGCAUGUGCAUGAAGGCUAUGAAAAAGAUCUGUGGGAGUACAUUGAGGACUGAGAAUGGCCCUGCAUAAAAUGAACUCUGAAAACUUUACCAUCUAGAGUGCUCAUGCAAUUAAAACAAAACAAAACAAACACAAACAAGGAGGCACUAAGCCUGUUCUGACGCCUCUGGUCUAUAGUACCAGAAUUCUGUUUUGUUAACGGAAAGUUUAAGUAAAUUAUAUUGUAAUAAAAAAAGGUAGAUAAACCAUUGUACAACAGUAUUCUAGGCCGCCAACAAAAGUGUGACAGACACACUAAAAAGCCCUCCAACUUUAACUUGUAACGUAGCUUCAUUCUCAAAGCUGACUCCUUUUUUUUUCUUUUUCUUUUUCCUGAGUAUAGUACAGUUAAAGUUUAAAACAGCUCCUUGACACUGCUUUUCAUGUCCAAACCAGCCAUUUUGUUGUACUUUGGUAAAGGACCUCUUCCCCUUCCGCCCUUACACAUACAAAUACACCCACACACACAGACUGACUCUCUCUCUCUCAUACCCCAAGGUCAUGAGUGAAUUAGUGAAUUAGUUCCUUGUAAAGAAAAUUCUUGGGGCGGGGAAGGGGGUAGGCAGCAGGAGGAAUUAAACAAAAAAACACAAAAAAACUUUGUAUAUGACUUUUAAAACAAGAGGACAACACAGUAUUUUUCAAAAUUGUAUAUAGCGCAUAUGCAUGGACAAAGCAAGCGUGGCACGUGUUUGCAUAAUGUUUAAUUACAAAAAAUAUUUAUUCUUUAAAAAUCUUCAAGAUUAUGUCUAUUUGCUGUGCAUUUUCUUUCAGUUUGCUUUAUCUUUCCAGGGUUGAGGGUUGGGAUAAAGGUGUGUUGGUUUAGCACCUCUGGAAGACCUAAUGAGCUCUUUGAUUUCCCUUUCCUGAGAUUGCUUUGCCCUUUCUCGUUUGGUAUGCCCAUUGCUGGCCAGGGGCCUCAUGCCUUGAAUUCCAGCUCUUGAUCAGGGACAGGGAAGUCAAGCUCUGACUAAAUGCCAUGGCCUGAUAAGGGCUGCAACAGGGAGGUUUUUGCUGUAUUUCAAGAAUGACCCAGUCCCAGCCUCCUCCCCUUCCAUGGCCUCAUCCAUCUACCUAAGCCUUUGUGCGCCCCUGUCAUGCACACACCUGAAGGCUUCCUAUGCUCCCUAUCACAUCCAGAGGAAACAUUUCAACUUUUCCCCCCCCUUAAUUGCUGCUUUGAGCCUUUUAAGAUUUUAGUUCUGGCUCUUCUCUCACCCCUUCUUUACAUUAGGGUGUCAAAUAGAAUGUUUUUGCUUUAAAUAUAAAUAUAAAUAAAUAGCCAUUCACUUAGUUUCAGAUUGUGAAUUUAAAACGGCAGAUACUGAAAUUGCUUGUGUGUGUUGCUGUGGGUUCAGUUUGAAGGAGAACACCCCUAGAACAUAAUAUUCCCAUCUAGUGCAUUUAAAUAGAAAUCAAUGAGUUUGCUUCUUUUCUAUUGUCAGCAGAUAGGAGAAUUAAUAAUGCAUUUUAGCUGUGAUGUCCAUUUUUAUGAAAUUUCUACUAAGAGCUAUGUUAAAAGUAAAGGAUGGUGGUGGUUUUAUUAACUAUAUACCUGUUUAGGCCAUUCUGGCUGUGGUAUUUUUCAACAGGUCAGCAUCCCUAAAUCUGUCAGUUUUCUACAGGAGUGCAGAGUGAAUUAGGCAACUAGAUCAAGAGGUCUUCAUAUUAAAUACCAGUUUUGGUGACCUCUUUGUCUUCCUUUAAAUGUCUUGCGCCUAGGGAGUGUUUACCAUUUGUGAGGCAGCUUUGUCUGCUCUUGCAUUGUACAUCUUAUUACUCCAUUGGGAAGUAGGUUCACUUUCCUCUGGCCUUUUGCCUAAGUUAGGCUUUGCUGAAUCAACCCUACUUUUCCUUUUAGAAAAAGGUUGUUACAUGAGAUGUACUUGCAACUGUUCUUUUCCCAUCAAAAAUCAGUGAAUGUUUGCUGAAUAUAUUAUGCUGCUUCCUUAAACCACUUGUCGCUUUAGGAUCAACUUUACCCGUACCUCUCAUCCUCCCCUCCCUUGCCACCUCAGGUGCAAAUCUGAACUCAGUGUCUGCUUCCAGUCUCUUCUCCUCCCCUCCGCCCCCAUCACUCAUUUGACUUUAUUUUAAAUGACUGCAUCAAUCUUAAAAUACAUUUAUUGAAACUAAGGAGACUUUUUUUUUUUUUAAUAGAAAGCUUGAAUGAGUUCCUUUCCCUGGUAACUUUGAAAAGCAGCCAGAGUUGCUAUCUAGAUAUAUGUGGCUUCCCUUAAAACGUUUUGUGUAUGUGUGGUGUUUUAAAAACUCUUACCAGUUAACUGCAGUAUCUAGGUUUCAGUGUCAUAAAUCCUCUUUACAUGCUCCCCUUGCAACAGGUAUCCAGAAACAGUGUGUGCACUUCAUAAUAUCAGCCCCUACCCAUGGAGGAACAGUGCUUUUUAGAGAUGCUUUUUAGUUUCAGUGUUGGCAUAUUACCUAAGGGUAUUGCAGUUGUGGGUGCAUUCCCUAAUUUGUAUGGAUCAAGGUGAACUGGCCUUUUCUGAACUUCCAAGCUUUUAACAGCUAUCUCCAUGUUUGACAGAAUUCCCUGAGUUCAUUGCUUUCAUUGUUAGUAGCUUCAGUGACCCCAGCUGAGAUAGGCAAGCCGUAUUGAAUGACAGCUUCCCUAUUUCUACCUAAGUCUUUUAGUCAGAGGGCUCUAUUCACGGUAAGCACCAGGGUCUCCUUGUCUUCUUGAGGGCAGUUAACAUUGUCUUUUGAAAGUGCAUGAUGCUUCAUUUGAACAAUUCAUUGAGCAGUAGAUGGACUUUAAAUGAUUUUCAAUAAAAUUUUGAUCCAAAGCUCAGGAUACACACAGUGGUAAAAUUGAGUAGCAUAUAAUAUCAUCAGACCCUAAAUUCUGUGUAAUUUGCAACCCAGAUUGUAUGUGUUUUAUGUGUGUUUAAAUAAAUAUAUUAAAUACACAUGUGUAUACAUACACACAUAUAUAACAGAUCCAAGACAACUGACUUGAUUUGAAAUGGUUGAAUCUGCAGUGUAAAAUGUGAUUCAGCCAUGAUUAGGAACUGAAAUUUAGUACAAGAGAGAAAAGGACUUGAUGUAACAAAAUCUUUUAGCUACAGAUCCCGGUAUAGAGCACUUGGGGGAAGGGAGGGGGCGGGUUGGUGAGACAAUCAGAUCGGUAAAUUGAUUAAAUGCUCCUAACCCUGUAAUUUUGUGCAUAGAGCACCCUGUGCUGUGGAAAUAACUGUUCUUAGAUUUUCAUUGUAACUGGACUGUUCAGGUUGCCCAGAGGGAAAGAACAUUCCUAAUUCUAAUAAAAUAAACUUUUAUUUUGUUAUUCCAUUAGUUACUUAUGUUUAUUUUUAUAGUUAAAAAAAAAAAAAGACAUAUUGGUGGCCCAAGUCACCUAUUUUAUGUGCCUUAUUCACUGUUCCUACUUAAUAUAAAAUGUUGAGAUUUGGUUCAGUUUCUUUGCAGGGAACUGUGAAUGAGACCAUCCCCAACAAUUACCUUGGUUAAUGAAGCCUUUAGAGCAUUUUCUGAAAGCUUUCCAAUUUUUGUCUUGAACAUUGAAUUUAAAUUGCUUUUUGUGUUGUAACAGUGAUAUUAGAUGCUCAGUAGAGUUUGUCAGUUUUGUAAGCAUGAAAUAUUUUAAAAGUCAUUGAAACUCCCUCACAUUGCUUCCAUUUAGUUCACUCUUAAAAGCUAGUAUCUCUUGUAGGGAUGGAGGGAGAGCUUUCUUAAAGAAGGUCCCCAUAAGUCGGAGAUCUCCAUCACUGAUCAAUUCUAGCCAAGUCCUAAUUUUAGGACAAUUUGAUUUGGUUUUAUUCAGAUCUAUACUUAAUGAGAGCUCAUGUAUCACUUUAUCUUCAAAGCACUUUAACUUCUAUUGCUGUCUACAGAGGUGUAGAAAUUGCUCUGUUUUACAAAAGAAAAUAAGGCUUGACAAAAUUUAAGUAACUUGCCCAGGAUUUCACAAUUUCUUCUGUCACUCAGUCAACAUUGUACUACCUCCUUGUUUAUUAGUUUGGUCUCAGUAUGACCUAGCAUUCAGUACCAGGAAAGGUGGUUCUUAACUAUGGCAUUGUGCUUUUAAACCGCAUAAAAGACCAUAUGAAUGCCUGUCACUGCUCCUGUUUGAGGAAUGUUAUGUACUCUUCCUGAUCUUUAAUUUGUUGAGGCAGAGUAUGCAACUAAUGUGGCUCUGUGUUUUGCCCAAUCAAAGGAAACCAGCCAUGAGGAAAAAAUAGCCCUUCCCACCUUUCUGAUUAGGACCAUCCUCAUGGGAAGACUCACAUGAGAUAGUUGAGAGUAAAUGGUUCAGCAUUUAUUUGGUUUGAUAUAAUGGCCAAGGGAUUUACAGUUAUUGGUCUGGUUAUUUGCUCAAAUGAAUUUUGGAUAGUCUGCUGGAACUUGUUACAGAAUUUGUUUUAUAACAACUGAAGAUGUACAAAACAGCUGAUAUCUAUUUGUUCUCAGCAUCUCUUAGAGCUGGAUGAUGUAUGGAGCUUUAAGAAGAUAAGUAGUGAGCAUUAUGGGGAAAUCUUGACUUCGGGAACAGGAAAAAGCAUGGAACUGUCAGGUUUUGUCAGGUUUCUUCGGCGAUAAAGCUGGUGUAUUUCUGGUUCUUUUUAAGGAAUUUGCUUCUUAAUAACCCAAGAUGAAAUCACUAACUUGGAAAUGCUCAACUGGAAAUAAAUAGUGGCUAUUAUAGGAGUAAACAGACAACUUCUGAGUUUUAAUUUUUUGCUUUUUGUGGAAUUAAAUAAAUCUUUAAGGCAACUGUUGGUCUUUCUCUAGGCAGUGGCAGGGUGGGAAAAAUACUAUGAGAUUCAUUUGAAAGGGAGUUUUUAGACUAUGAUUAAACCAUAGAUAUGCUUGUUUAGGUAGGGCCAUUUUCAGAGUAGGAGCCAAUUAGUAUAAAUCAAUCACACAUUGAUAUGUAGCAGCUCUGAAAAUGUCAAAAGCACAACUUUAUUACAGUAAAAAUCAAGGGGUCCCAAGGAACUCGUAUCUGCAAGAGCCAGGUGAAUAUUUUAAUAAAAGAUUACAGUGGGUUAAGUGGGCUCUGAGGGGAGCAUGUGAAAUACACAUGUGAAUUCUCAAUUUUGAGAUGUUGGUAAUUUACAAUAUUCUUAAGUAUAGGUCAAAGAAAAAUUACACUUGGGCCAUAUUUCUCAGUUUGUGUUAAUCUUGGGUUGCAACUUGAUGCCACUGACCAUCUGACAUACUGGAAUCACCAAGUAGCUUCAGAAGAACAAAACCUAAUGCCUAGGUCCCACCCCAGAGAUUAUGAUUUAAUUGGGGGUUGCAUCAUGGGUGUCAGUUUUUAAAGUCCUAUUCCCACCCCAUCCCUGCUGAUUGUACAACACAGUUUGAGACCUGCAGACAAGGUGGGGACAGUUGGUCUAGACAUUUGUGUGGUUGCAAGAGAGGAGUAUAGGUGAGCACUCUAGGUCAUAAGGGACAAUGGAUUUGUGGCAAAUUCACAAGCUCAGGAAAGGGCUAUACUGGAGGCCAUGGCUGAGUGGGGUUUUGUGGAUUGCUGCCUUUUAAGAGUCUAGUGUGAAGAGCCCAGUUUUUGUUUUUUGUCAGUUUUCUGGUAUUUGGUCUGCCUUGGAAAAAAUAAUUCAUUUCACAAAACCAAAAGAACUGUAGAACUGAUGAGCAGAGUAAAAUGUUCAUAUCAAUUGGCAGUAUAUUUAUUCUCUUCUCAAGGGGGAGAAAUCUAUCUGGGAAGUAGAUUAGCGUAGGGUUUGAGCAAAGGUAGUGGAGUGGUUCUAAGCAAAGCUGUCAUUAAGCUAUUUGUGUCAGGUCAAUGUACAAUUCCACUUAACCACUGAGAGUUCAAUUCAGAGCCCUUAGACUCUCAAGCUUCUCACUGUUGAUGUCAUUCUUGGGUGUUAAAACAGUGGAUUUUCCUGUUUCUUAGUCCCAGUGUAGUAUUGUGGGAAAACAUACCAAUAUUUCUCAGCCAUAGUUUUCUGUGGGCUUUUCUUUUGUAAAAUGGGGAUACAAAUAGGAGCUAUAACUUGUUGAAUGCUUCUUGCCGGAUGCCUUAUGUUAUCUGUAUCUUAUAAGCAGCCCUAAAACAGAGUAGGCAUUCCUAUCUUAUAAAUGAGAAAACAGGUUCAUACAUAAUUAACCCCAAAAUUAGAGAGUUUAUGGCAGGGUCAUGCUUGUCUAAUUCCAUGUGUUCAUUCUAUCAUGUUCUUUUGUCUAUUGUACAGGGAUAUUAUGAGGAUCAAAGAAAAUUAGUUGGAAAACAAAGCCUAGUUAUAAAUAAUAAGGAUACUAGUACUAAUUUAGGAAAAAAAAAAAAAUCAGCUAUCUCCUAGAUACCCAAAGGCAGGAUGAGAUUGGAUGCAGGAACUAAACUGGCAUUGUUUAUCCUCUGUACCUCCACGUCAUUUGAACAGCUCCUGCUUUUCCAGGCAGUUCCCCUGUAACCCCAGGUGUUACAUAUUAACUGUGCCAGACACAUGAAACAGAACCAAACAACCAUGGAACAGGAUCAUUGGUACAAAUGUGGCUCUUGAGAGCUUACCCCUGUGGAUUAGGAGGCAGAUCUUGGGAGAUGAUGGGUUGCUAGCUGCACAUCACAAAAGGCAUCUUCAACACAACCAAAAUGCCCUGAAUUUUUUCUUUUGCAAAUAAAUGUAAGGAAUUAGUAUAUAAUAGACCAUUAUGGCUAACUUUUUUAGUGUUUACUAAUUGCUUCAGGUCCAUCUUUUUAAACUCACAAGCCUGGCUGACUCAGUUCGUAGAGCAUGUGACUCUUGGUCUGAGGGUCAUGAUUGCAAGCCCCAUGCUAGGUGUAGAAAGUACUUUAAAAAUAAAAUACAACCCUAUGAAAUAGUUACCAUCCCCAUUUUUAAAAUAAGAAAACAGAAGCUCAAAAAAGGCAGGGAACUUUCCUAAAGUAAUCCUUUUGUAUAUGGCAGAAAGAAAAUUCUAACCUAGGAUCCUUCAGUCAACACCCACGGUGUCAAGCACUGUUCCAGGCACUGGAGGCCCAGCAGUGAACAAAGGGUCUGCUGGUUGGUCCUAAACUCUUAAUCCUGAUUCUACAUAAAGACUCGAUGGAUUGCCGACCAUCACCAAGAUGGUGGCAGAGCUGGAAGCAUAUUUUGACCACUACACUGUAAUUUCAUCACACUAGUCGCUUCUGAGCCUUGCCAAAAGUACCUGCUAAAAUUACAUAGACUGGUUAAGGGAUUUCAAGUCUUAGAUUGCCCUGGAGACUCAAUGACCAGUUGCUAUUUUGGGCUAUUAUCUAUUCAAAACAUGUUUAUUUUGUUAUUAACCUCAUACUCUGAGAAGGACCCAAAGUAUGCCUUUUCUCCCUCACUUUUGAGAGCCAACCUAGUGUUUUAUUGAGAGUUGCAAAGCAAGCACCAUAUUUUCAAACCCUCUUCGGAAGGCCAAUGUUAUCUAUUCUGAGCUGAUGAUUUGGUUUCCUGUGCACAAAGUAACAUUUCUUGGCUUGGGGUCUUAUUUGACACCUGUGUAACAGCAAUAUUUGCUUUUCAAGCUGCCUGCUUUUUGCAAUGGAGUAUUUAAGUUUCUUUCAGGGUAGGAAUUCUGAAGAUGAUCAUAGGAAUAUAAAACUAAUUCUGUAUAGUAGACAGUUAAUUCUCCAGAGAGCUCUGUAGGCUGAAAACUUGCUUUGUAGAUUUUAGAUUGCCUUCUGAUAGCUGAAGUUGGUUUCUGUAUGUAUAAUAAUAAAGCUGUUUUCUGGAAGCCACUUCAGUGCACGUUAAAUGGCUAUUUCUUAGAAUUGUGAAUCUAGGGAUCGUGCAGUGAGGAGUUGGCUCUCUGGAAUCAAUAGGCCAUGGUAGGAUUCCUGAGGAGUGAGCGAACACACAGGGUAGGGUUUCAUCCUAAAUUACCUGAGGGAACCAACCUAAAAACACCACCUAUUGAAUUUCCCAGCUUGUCCUUGCAAGGGAGACUCCUAUGUGUACUCUCCUUCUACAGAUCACAUCAUUUGUUCAGAGGGAGUCCAGCAUAAAAUGAUGGCAUACAUGGAGCACUUUUUGUGGGCCUACUGGGGCAGUGGACAUUCUGAUGGAAUGCUCUAAAAUUGUAAGCUCUUGCACAUGCUCUCAAGUCAUUUAAAACCUGUUUGCUAGUCUUACUGGUAUGAACAAAGUUGUUUGCUCAUUAAUAAAUU